CUUCUUCUUCAAAUUUAAAAUCGAUUCAUCUAGAGAGAGAAAGCUACAAUUGUAGCAUUUCUCCUCUCAAUCUUCUCUCUCUACAAUCCAGAUCCAAGAGGAGGAUCAACAAUGGAGGAAGCAUCAUCAAUCUGGUCUACGGUGACCCAAUUCCUCCCACACAUUUUCUCUCUAUUUGCCGUACUCCUCGUCCUCGAGCAGAUCUCGUACCUCAAGAAGAAACGCUCACUUCCAGGGCCGGCGCUGGUGAUUCCAUUUCUGGGUAACGCUAUAUCUCUUGUAAGAGAACCAACCAAAUUCUGGGAAGUCCAAGCAGCCAUGGCCAAGACCUCCAGUCUUGGUAUCUCCGCGAAUUAUCUAAUUGGUAAGUUCAUCGUUUUCAUCCGCGACUCUGACCUUUCACACAAGAUCUUCGCCAAUGUACGUCCAGAUGCGUUCCACCUUGUCGGACAUCCGUUCGGGAAGAAGCUAUUUGGGGAACACAAUCUCAUUUACAUGUUUGGGCAAGAACAUAAAGAUCUCCGUGGACGUAUUGCUCCUAAUUUCACCCCAAAAGCCCUAGCUACUUACACUUCGAUUCAACAGAAUAUCAUUCACAAACAUAUUCGGCGUUGGCUUGAAGAAGAUUAUUCCAAAUCAGGGUCGUCGUCAACGGGAUCUCCAAUCAGCCUCCGGUUUCUCGUUCGCGACAUGAAUCUUGAGACAUCCCAGACUGUCUUUGUCGGUCCUUACUUAAAGCCGGAAUUGAAGGAGAGGUUUGAUAAGGACUAUAAUCUCUUCAAUGUAGGUGUAAUGGCGUUGCCAAUUGAUCUUCCUGGAUUUGCUUUCCAGGAAGCUAGGAUUGGAGUUAAACGGCUAGUCGAAACCCUAGCUCUUUGUGCAGAGGAAAGUAAGGAGAUGAUGAGGAAAGGGAAUGAACCGAUAUGUUUAAUGGACUACUGGAUGCAGGAAACUGUUAGAGAGAUUGACGAGGCAAAGGCAUCUGGGUCUCCCCCGCCUGCAAACAGUAGCAGCCUCGAGAUCGGAGGUUACAUUUUCGAUUUCCUCUUCGCGGCACAAGACGCUUCAACCUCGUCGUUGCUCUGGGCUGUGACCCUCUUGGACUCACACCCAGAUGUCCUUGCAAAGGUUCGGCGUGAAGUGGCCUCGAUUUGGUCGCCGGAGACCGACGGACCUAUAACCUCGGAGAAACUCCGGGAAAUGAAAUACACAGAGGCGGUGGCGCGUGAGGUUGUGAGAAUCAAGGCGCCGGCAACGCUGGUUCCUCACAUAGCAGGUGAAGAUUUCAAGCUUACAGAAAACUACACUAUCCCAAAAGGCGCCAUCGUUUUCCCAUCUGUGUACGAGUCAUCUUUCCAGGGAUUCAUAGAAGCGGAGAAGUUCGAUCCGGAGAGGUUCAUGGAGGAGAGACAGGAGGACAGAAUCUACAAGAAGAACUUCCUAGUUUUUGGAGCAGGAGCUCAUCAGUGCGUGGGGCAGAGAUACGCUAUCAGACAUUUGGUUCUGUUCAUCGCUAUGUUCACUUCGAUGGUUGAUUUCAAGAGACACCUGACAGAUGGGUGUGAUGAAAUUGUAUAUGUUCCGACCAUUUGCCCAAAAGAUGAUUGCAAAGUUAGCCUAUCCAAGAGAAAGGUGCAUAUCUGAUCUGAACCCACCUUUUUUUACUUCUUGUUGUUGUCAAAUCUAUCCCCUUUACUAUAUCUUCUUCUACUACUACUACUUCUUGUUCUUGGGUACUGCAUGGAUUGGAUUUGGGGCGGCUAUAAUUUAUGUUUUUGAUCGUUUUGGGUGGCAAUUAGGAGGAGGAUUAGCUUAGAGAGAAGGAUGGUGGUAGGUAGCAAUUGAUAAAAAUUUGAAAAUUGUUGGUUUUUUGUUAUUUGUGAUUCUUUGUUGUGAGAUGAUGAUUGUUGAGUGAGGAAUAUUAGUAGUAAUAGUAUAUUCAUUUGUAUGAUGAUCAAAAUCAAGUUGAGGAGUGAAUAUGGGAUAUUGGCUUGUUUAUUUA